CCAACAUCCCAGCUGUCAGCCUACCUCUGCCUCUUCCAUCCACCACCUAAAGGCCACACCCUGCCAACUGAGGUGCUCCAGGCCAGCUACCAGAAACAGAGGGAUCGACAAAGCAAGAGUGAGCCACCUUCCUGAACCCAGCACACAGCCAGGACUCCUAAAUGAUGGAGAAAUCAGAGCACCUAAAGAAUGCAAUGCCCACAGAGAGGAAGUCCACGUGGAGAACAGCAGAGGAGAGGAGGAUGUCAGACCUCACGCGGGUGCUGGAGUGGCUGGAGCGGAGGCAGGGGAAGAAAAAGCAAGUGUACGAUCUCCAGCAGAAACCCAAGGGGGUAACUGCCCCUAAAACAAAUGGGAAGGAAGGAAAGAAAGACCUAAACAUCCUGAAACAGCAGAAAGGGAACCGCCAGAUGGCGUUUCUCAAGCAGUCCCGAAGGCAAAGCACCAAGAAGGACGGGGACCCCACCAUGCACGGAAAGAUCUAUGGCAGCGUGGACCCAAAGGGAAAACGCCUUAGCAUGAUUCCCAGCAGCUACACCAAGGAUGGCCCCAGGAAAUCCGACCUCGACAUCAAGGAUGCAAUCGCCCUGGAGUCCAUUCAGCGGUCCCUGCCGUACCACCGCCAGAGCGUCCUGGACCCCCUGCUGCAGGAAACGCCGGUCUUCGGUCGGAGGUCGACCCUCCUGAGAGACUGGGUACUAAGCAGGUCCACCGAUAUCUCCUACGAGCGCAAGCUGAAGAGCCUCAUGGAGAAGGGCACCGAGCCCAAGGCGGAACUGGUGAGGAUGCUGAAGCCAGAGGAGGUGCUGAGCUGCCGAUACCUGAGGCUGUCCAAGAACAACAUUCGGACCUUGCUGAAGCUAUGCAAGGACGCGGGCAUGAACGUGGACAUCCACCCCCACAUGGUCGAAGGAGAGAUAGAUGCGAAAAAGGUGUUCAACCAAAACCCCAGCGUGGCCCUCUAGGUCACCACAGGCUCCCUCUGCUGUUGGGCCCUCGGCCCCCAGACGACACCCUCCGGUAUGCCAGGCCUAGGCCUUCAGACCUGGGGCGUCCCUUUUAGACAGUAGCCAUCAGAAAACAAGGCUGAACUGCAUGG